AAUAUUUGGCUACUAUCAGUGUAUCUAAUAGAGCACCUUGAAAUUCUCGCCUUUUAACAUUUUCCUCCCCCCAGAAUCAGUUGGAUAGUAACGGUUAAAGCACGUUAGCUCCUCCUCCUCACAACAAACCUCUUUAGAUCUCCAUUUUUCACUCCUCAACUUCUCUUUUGUUUUUUUCUUUUUUUCGUUUUUUUUCGUAGCAGCAACAAUAUAAGCGAGAUCGUCUCUCGGGCGAAAUCGAUCCUCCGAUCUGAUUCCAUUAAAGAAAGAAAAAGAAAUGAAUCGGUUGCGGCGGGAUUCGCCAGUGCCCGUCCGCGGGCGGAAACCGGCGGUGGCGGCGGCGCAGCUGCUGCUCCGGCAGGGCAAGCCCAAGGACGAGAGCCUCGAUCUGUUCUCUGCGAUCCGGCGGAGCGAAUCACCGACGAUCUCCUCCCCCGCCGCCGCUGCCGCCGUCGCCGAGGAGGGAGUGUUGGGGAGAAGCAGUGGAGUGGAUGAUGAUGAUCUGUUCUAUGCGGACGUUGCAAAGACCGAUUACGAUUGGCUACUUACUCCCCCUGGGACUCCUCUCUUUUCCUCAUGCAAUGGCGUUGAACACCAACCAUCUUCAGCUUCUGCAAAAAGCACUUCAAGAGUUAGAUCAGGUUCCGCUACAAAGCCUUCGAGGUUAUCUGUAUCUCAUCCGCCGGAGAUCGACACCACCACAAGGUCAGGCAGAACUAGUUCUGCUGCGAGCUCGUCGGCCUCCAGCAACUGCACUUCCUCCUCUACUCUUUCCACCACCAAAUCAUCACUCCUUAGCAGGAGCUCCGCUUCCGUUGUGUCGAAACUGUCUCCGACGCCGCACCAAACCGCAACGCGCCCCGACAGUGCUCCUAUGUCCACCCGUUUGCCGAGCCCGGCCCGAAGCCGGCACAAACCAUCGCUGCCAUCCACUCCGAUCGCGCGACCUCGUGCCCUUUCGACUGCGUCGAGCCCUCGCUCGAUUGCUCCCGCAUCUCGGCCGAAUCCCCGCCAAUCAACCCCGACACGCCGCGCCCCGGCACGUUCGGCGUCUGUGGCACGUGCAGUGGUGCAGCCCGACGCUACGGCGAAGAUUAAGACGAAGCCGACGGAGCGACCGCAGUCGACCGGCAAGCAACGGUCGGUAACUCCGGCGAGCUCCAACCGGAACAGGAAUCAAGAGAAUUCGACGAAGAAGGCCAGCCCUAUUGAAACCAAGAGGCCACUGGCUUCUAAUACCGCAGUUCGCAUAUCGGCUAAGCCGUCUUCGCCCGCAGAGAACAACGGAUUCGGAAGGAACAUCUCCAAGAUUCGGCAUACGGAUAUCCGACAAGGCGCGGGAGGCAUUCGCGGAGCCUCCCUCUACCCUCACAGCAUUCGUUCGACCGCCGCGAAAAGCCACAAACCGGCUCUUCGUACUACUACUACCGACGACAACGGAUCGUCGGAUCGAGCAGCUUCCGAAUGCGGAUCGUCGAUAAACGGAACGAUCGCUGGUGAGUGUGCUAAGACCGAGGCAUCGGAGAGUGGCGAUUCCACGACCUCGACAAAGCCCCAGGAACGGAAGUUCGCGGCGGCGAGAGCAAGCGAGCUGGACCUCUACGGGAGCACGCGAUACGACAUGAUGCUUCUGAAAGAGGAUGCUCGGAACCUGAAUUGGCUGCGAAGCGUCGACGAUGUUUCAGCAGAGAGCCCGACAUUCCACCGGUUCGAGCCGCUGCCGGAGCCUUUCGGGCUCGUGUGAGCCCCUGCCGCCGCCGUUGUGCGCCGAUUCUUGUAAUUUGCUGUUUAAACGGAUGAAUGUUGUUUGAUUCUAAAAUACUAUUACCCUGAAAUGCCCUUUCACAAUAUUUUUAGUAAGCAUAAGUUAUUCUGCAUUGAAUAAACCAUUU